ACUGCCUCAUGCACCAGAUAGUGUUAAAACCAUCUUGUGUGACCAUUUAAAAAGAGGUAGACCAGUUUUGGAGUAUUCAUUUUGCAGCACGUUUUUUUGGAUUGUGAAACUUUAUAGUCUUUGAGUAGGAUGAAGAUUGCGGUGAUAGGUCAGAGUUUGUUUGGAGCAGACGUGUACAGGCUGUUACAGAAAGAUGGCCAUAAGAUUGUUGGUGUUUUUACGGUACCUGAUGUCAACGGAAAGCCGGACCCGUUAGCUGUUGCUGCCGAGAAUGACGGCAUACCCGUGUUCAAAUACAAAAGAUGGCAGUUAAAGAAAGUUGCGAUACCAGAGGUCGUGGAGGAGUACAAGUCCCUGGGAGCCGAGCUGAACGUGCUGCCGUUUUGUUCUCAGUUUAUACCGAUGGAAGUGAUAACGCACCCGGAACACGAGUCUAUUAUAUACCAUCCGUCGUUGUUGCCGUUGCAUAGAGGAGCUUCAGCUAUUAACUGGACUUUGAUGCAAGGUGACAAGGUCGGAGGUUUUUCUGUAUUCUGGGCCGACGAUGGACUAGAUACCGGACCUAUUCUAUUACAGAAGAAGACAUUUGUUGAUCCUAAUGAUACAGUAGACACCAUCUAUAAUAGGUUUCUCUUCCCGGAAGGCGUGAAAGCUAUGGGUGAGGCAGUUAGAUUGAUAGAUACAGGCAUGGCUCCAAAGUUGGUACAGUCAGAAAAGGGCGCCACAUACGAUGCUAUGUUGAAGAAGAGUAAUGUGAAAAUUAACUGGGAUAUGUCUGCAGAACAAAUACACAACUUUAUCAGAGGAUGUGACAAAGUACCAGGUGCUUGGGGAAUGAUUAAUGGAGAGCAAGUCACAUUUUAUGCCUCUAAAUUAUGGAAUAGAAUGGAGCCUCGAGGGACAGCAGUACAGAUUGAGGGAGCCACAAAACCUGGUAUAGUCCAUAAAAAUGGAAUGAUCCUUUUUGGAAAUGAUGGAAAAAUGGUAAACGUAAGCCAGGUACAACUAGCUAGCGGUAAAAUGAUCAACGCCAAUAAGUACGGGAAAAUGGAUGCUGGUGAAAGUAAGAUGGAACUCACUCCAGAGGAGAAUAAAAUGUUGGACAACUUGAAGGCUGUGUGGAACGGUAUUCUCAACAUUGAUAUAGAUAUCAGUACAGAUUUCUUCAAGUCCGGGGCCGGUUCCAUGGAUGUUGUGAGACUGGUUGAGGAAGUGAAGGAGAAAUGCAAUGGUAUCAGUCUAGAAAAUGAUGAUGUGUACAUGAACACUGUGUUUGAAGAUUUCUGUACAUGUGUUAUCAAGAGGGGGCGUGGCAUUGAAGAUAAGGAGCCUUUUGUCUUUGAUUCGGUGAAUAUUAACAAAAACAACAUGGAUCUCGUUAUGCCAUAUCAGCUAUUUAUAGAUAAUGAAUUUAUUGAUUCAUCCAAUGGUGUCACAUUUAAGACAAUCAACCCUGCUAAUGAAGAGGUUAUAUGUGAGGUAGCUAAAGGGACUCCAGAAGAUGUGAACAGAGCAGUUGAGGCAGCUAAAAGUGCAUUUGAGGAAGGACCAUGGGGUAAAAUGAAUGCUAGAGAUAGGGGCAAACUUAUGUACAGACUUGCUGAUUUGAUGGAGGAACAUAAAGAGGAACUAGCUACUAUUGAGAGUAUAGAUUCUGGUGCAGUGUACACUCUAGCUCUGAAAACACACGUGGGAAUGUCAAUAGAUACUUUCAGAUACUUCGCUGGAUGGUGUGACAAAAUACAGGGUAAAACCAUUCCAAUUAACCAUGCCACACCCAGCAGAAAUCUUACAUACACUAAGAGAGAGCCAAUUGGUGUUUGUGCCAUUGUUGUACCAUGGAACUACCCUCUUAUGAUGUUGGCAUGGAAAAUGGCUGCAUGUCUGGCUGCAGGAAAUACUGUUGUGCUUAAACCAGCUCAGGUAACACCACUGACAGCUCUAAAAUUUGCUGAGCUUGCAGUUAAGGCUGGUUUCCCUCCAGGAGUUAUCAAUAUUUUACCUGGACCCGGCUCUUCUAUUGGACAGGCCAUGUCUGAACACCCUGAUAUACGCAAACUUGGCUUCACUGGUUCAACACCUAUAGGAAAAACAAUCAUGGAAAGUUGUGCCAAGGUAAAUGUGAAGAAAGUAGGACUCGAGUUAGGCGGGAAAUCUCCGCUGAUAAUCUUCCAUGAUUGUGAUCUCGAUAAGGCAGUGAGAAUGGCUUGUGGAGCAGUAUUUUUCAACAAGGGAGAGAACUGUAUAGCUGCAGGUCGGCUGUUUGUUGAAGAUUCUAUACAUGAUGAGUUUCUUGAACGUGUGGUUAAGGAAGUAAAGAAGAUGAAGAUUGGCGACCCAUUAGACAGAAGUACCGACCAUGGUCCACAGAAUCACCGUGCUCAUUUAGAGAAACUCGUAGAAUACUGUGAUAUUGGUGUGAAGGAAGGUGCUACCCUUGUAUAUGGUGGAAAACAAGUAGACAGACCGGGAUUGUUUAUGGAGCCUACAAUUUUCACCGAUGUUGAAGAUGGAACAAUGAUGUCAAUAGAGGAAUCUUUCGGACCUGUUAUGAUUAUUUCAAAAUUCAUGGAUGGGGACAUCGAGGGAGUUAUAGCUCGGGCAAACAAUACAGAAUACGGCCUGGCCUCGGGCGUGUUUACCAAGGACAUAAACAAGGCCAUGACAGUGGCUGACAGUAUUAAAGCAGGGACAGUGUUUGUGAACACUUACAAUAAGACAGACGUUGCCUCACCAUUUGGAGGAUUUAAACAAUCAGGAUUUGGAAAAGAUCUUGGGGAAGAAGCAUUGAACGAAUAUCUGCAGACAAAAGCGGUGACUGUAGAAUAUAAUUUAUAAAACAGUUUUACAGGGAAGUAGAUCUGUGUGGGGAGUAUAUUGAACAAUAGAGAAUUGAUACUUUGUGUUACACAUAAACACACUGUGCGUACUUAAAUGUACAUAGUUUUGUAUAAAAAGAUAUAAAUAUAAAAAAAGGUGCCAGAAAAAGAAAACUACACUAAAAAAAGUGACAUACACUGAAAUUUCUUUUUUUUGUAUUUUAGAUAAAUUUCACUAUUUUUUAAUACUGAAUUGUUGAACCAAAUCUAAACUAAAAUUGAUGAUGUCAUCACUCUUUGUUGUGUUCACAAUGAUGUGUACACAAAUAAUGUCAAUUAACAUUGUAACAAUGUGUUAAAUGAUACUGUUAAUUUGUUCGGACAAUUAAUAUAUAGAAAUAAUUUGGCAGUUUAUCAAAAAUAAAAAAUAAAUCGGGUAAUGUCAGUUAUUGUUUCAGUACAUAAUAUUAAGUAUUUCAUCAGUGUAAUAUCAUAUAUUACGAUGAUAAAAAAUGCAGCUAUUGUUUAUUGACGAAGAUAACUUUAUAUGUAUUAAUACAAAGUGUAUCAAAAAAUGGAAGUUUUAUUUUCUACAAUCAUGUUUUUUGUUUGGGUGAUUUGAUUGUUGAUUUUUUUAUAUAAAAAUCAUGUUAUAUUAUGUUUUUAGAAUGUCUUUGUUUGUGUCAUACCAUAAUGAACUGGUAAUUUGUUAGGUAUAGAUAUAUUCAGAUAAAAUGGCAAUAAAUGAAAUUAUUACCAAGUGAAACUACUACAUUGUCACAGUGCAUCAGUAGCACCUUUCUAUCAUUAUUAUGGAAGUGAAUACCAAUACUUACUUAAUUUUGUGGUCACACAUGGAAUUUCGUGGUUUUUGUGCAAAAGAACUUUUUUCAUGUUUUUUUUUAAUUCAUGUACUAUUUAAGCAGAAAAAGUAAAAGAAAGAAAAAAAAUACAAAAAAUUACUCCGGAAUAAAAUAAAAUUUCAUUGCAUCUAAAAUUUGUGAGUAUACCUAUCAACGAAAAGCACAAAAAUUAGUUCUCCACGAAUAGUUAUAAAUUUGCAGGAGAUUAGGUAGUCAGAUAUAGAAAUAAGAUUUUAUCAGUUAAUUCUGCAACUUUAUUGAAACAUACCUGUACAAUUUGAAAUCGUUUGUACAUGGCUAUUUGAUUUUCACUAUGUUUGAUAUUGAUUAAGUGUUUCUAUGUUUUAAAUAUUGAAAUAAUUCAAUAUUGAUAAAGUGUUGCUAUGUUUUUAAUAUUAAAAUAAUGGAAAUGUUGUAUUCAAUAUUGAUAAAGUGUUGCUAUCUUUUUAAUAUUGAAAUAAUGGAAAAGUUGUAUUCAAUAUUGAUAAAGUGUUGCUAUGUUUUUAAUAUUGAAAUAAUGGAAAUAUUGUAUUCAAUAUUGAUAAAGUGUUGCUAUGUUUUUAAUAUUGAAAUAAUGGAAAUGUUGUAUUCAAUAUUGAUAAAGUGUUGCUAUGUUUUUAAUAUUGAAAUAAUGGAAAUGUUGUAUUCAAUAUUGAUAAAGUGUUGCUAUGUUCUCAAUAUUAAAAUAAUGGAAAUAAAUGUUGUGUCUUACCUGCAAACACGCAGUAAAAGCACUGGCCACCAAAUUAAGGAAAAAUACUCAUAUAACUUAUUUUAAUGGCAUUUGUUGAGGAUUGGCAAUAAAGGCAUUGCUCCAAUUUUUUUAUAGUCAUUAGUCAACCUCUCUCUGUCUUGGCCCUUACCCAACCCUACCCUAUACACACACCAAAAGAAGAAAAACAAACACAAGAAUAUUGGAAAUAAAUUGAUAGAUUAAAAAAUAGAAAAAAUAAAAUGGAAAAAAUAUAUAUAAUUAUAGUCUUAUUUUUAUUGUAACUUAAUCACCCAUUAUAUGAAAUACAAUUACAAGAUGUAAAAAGAGCUGGGUUUUUUUUAUAGAAAUUAAACAAUAAUUUAUGGUCUCUAGUUGAAAGAAGUGAAAACAGCCAACAUAUAAGUUAUCUUUUAUUGUAAAUAAUUUUAAGCUAGAGGGAAAAAUACUGUUUUUUUUUAAGUGGAAAAUGUUACAUGUAAAUAUGGAAUUUAAUAACCCAAAAAACUAUAUAUAAUUACUUUAUUCUUACAAAACUAGCCAUUAUUGUUGUAUUUUUUAUUUACAACAUUAGAUGUUUUAAAUGCAACCUCUAAAUACACUGUAUAUUAAGAUGCAGUAUUUGUAUAGUUACAAAUACUUAUUGUUGUAAAUGAAUGUAUAUAACAAUAUUGUCAUGGCUUAUUUCUUUGGAAAUUGACAUGUUCAAUUGUAUAUUAACAUGAAAUAUAUUCUUGGUAUUGGUAUAUAGCUAUUUCAUAAAAUAUACCUUAUGGUAUAUAACUCUAUCAUGAUAUAUAUUGGUAUUGGUAUAUAACUGUAUGAUCUUGAUAAAUACCUAUUUGUAUGGUAUAUAAAUAUCAUAAUAUAUACCUCUUUUUGUUGGUAUAUAGCUAUAUUAUAUUACAUACCUAACGAUGUGGUAUAUAAUUAUAUCACAGUUUAUGCUUAAAAUCUUUUCAAAAGAUUUGUUUGGACACUUGUUAAUAAUUAAAGUGAGUUUCAUAAACAUUGUUGUUAUUUUGUUCCAUAUUUUCAAUCAAAGUUACCUCUAUUAUAGAUAGUGGGGUAAAUUAUUUCAGUACCUCAAUUUUGUUUGAUGUUAAAUUGGAAUAAAUAACUGGUCAGUAUUAAUAUUGUUUAUUUAAUGAAUAUAAUAAUUUUCAUUCUUGGUGCUGUCUAAAUUAAAACUAUUAGAUUCAUAGUAAUAUUGAUAACAAAAAUGAUAUAGAGUAGCUAAUAUUUCAACAAGUUGUUGCAUUGAUAUUUUAUAUUUGAGUUUUUAUGUUAGAUUUUGUUGCUUUUCUUUGUCAUUGCUUGCUGUACAUUAUAUUUUGCUUAUAAUUACUUUCUCUACAGCAUACAGCUGUACAAAUAAGUAAGGUUUCUAUUGUUUUUGUUUGACUUAUAAAUACUUACUGCACAGCGUACAACUGUACAUGCCACAUCUUCUUCCGCUGUGUUUGGGUUAUUAUUUCUUGCUGCUGUAAACUGUACGUGUCCAACCUUAAUUCAUUGUUUAUAAUUGCGCACUGCACAGCUGUAAGCUGUGCAUGUUCAGCCAUAAUUCACUGUGUUUUGCAUAAAAUAAUUACUAACUGUACAGGAAAGGUACAGCCUUCAUUUACAAUGUUGGGUAUAUAAUUACUGCACAGCAGAGGUACAAUUUUCAUUCACUAUGUUUGGCUGAUAAAUACUUACUGAACAGUAUUUAUUAUCCCCCGCCGAUGGAAUCGGGAGGGGGAUAUAGUUUUGGCGUUGUCCGUCCGUCCAUCCAUCCGUCCGUCGUCCGAAUUUUGUUUCCGGAGUAGUUCUUUGCAACUACUGGCUGGAAUUCAACGAAACUUUAUGGGAAUCAUCAAUAUCAAGAGGAGAUGCGCAUAUCGUCGGCUUGUUCCGGUCCGACCCUUUAACUUAGAGUUAUGGCCCUUGAUUAGUUAUGUAGUAUGCAUAUAGAGUAAAAAUCGUUUCCGGAGUAGUUCUCUGCAACUACUGGCUGGAAUCCAACGAAACUUUAUGGGAAUCAUCAAUAUCAAGAGGAGAUGCGCAUAUCGUCGGCUUGUUCCGGUCAGACACUUUAACUCAGAGUUAUGGCCCUUGAUUAGUUAUGUAGUAUGCAUAUAGAGUAAAACUCGUUUCCGCACUACUUCUCUGCAACUACUGGCUGGAAUUCAACGAAACUUUAUGGGAACCUUCAAUACCAAGAGGAGAUGCGCAUAUCGUCGGCUUGUUCCGGUCAGACACUUUAACUCAGAGUUAUGGCCCUUGAUUAGUUAUGCAGUAUGCAUAUGGAGUAAAAAUCGUUUCCUCGCUACUUCUCUGCAACUACUGGCUGGAAUUCAACGAAACUUUAUGGGAACCUUCAAUACCAAGAGGAGAUGCGCAUAUCGUCGGCUUGUUUCGGUCAGACACUUUAACUCAGAGUUAUGGCCCUUGAUUAGUUAUGCAGUAUACAUAUAGAAAAAAUAUUUGUUUCCUCGCUAGUUCUCUGCUACUACUGGCUGGAAUUCAAUGAAACUUUAUGUGACACUAAGAGGAUAUGUGCAUAUAGUCGCAUUGUUCCAGUCAGAUACUUAUAACUCAGAUUUAUGGCCCUUGAUUAGUUAUGUAGUAUGCAUACAUCUCAUUGGCAUUUUCAGAUUUUACUAUUUAACACAAAGUUAUGGCUAUGUUAUUGCCCUGAAUAUUUAUCAAGUUCAAAGAAUAUUACUGUUUAUGCCAUGAUUAAUAUAUAAAUAAAGCCUUAUGUCUUCAGUUGUUGUGUUAAUAAUAACCAGUACUCGGCGGGGGAUAUAAAUUCAUCGAAUUUGCUUGUUUAUUAAUUACUGUACAGGAAAGGUACAUCCAUUAUUUACUAUGUUUGGUUUAUAUUUACUGCACAGAGGAGGUACAGCUUUCACUCACUGUAUUUGGCUAAUAAUUAACUAUUGUACAACAUACAGCUGAACAUAUCUAUCCUUUAUUACUUUUGUUUGACUUAUAAAUAGUUAUUAACUAAAUAGCUCGCAACUGUACAUGCCUGGCCUUCCUUCACAUUAUUUAGCUUAUAAUUACUAUGGGAGAGGUACAUCAUCCACUUACUAUGUUGGCUUAUAAUUACCUAUUGUACAGUAGAUGCACAUUCUUCUUUAAUUAUGUUUGGUUUAUAAUUACUUAUUUCAUGGCAGAGGUACAACCUCCAUUCAGUAUGUUUGGCUUAAAAUUACUUAUUGCAUAGCACAGGUAUACCUCCAUUUAUGAUUAUUAAUUGUACCUCAGAGGUACAACUUUCAUUUGCUGGCUUAUGGGAUGGGCUGAUUUACGAAUGAGGCAGUUCUUGAUUUGAUGCUUAAUAAGACAAUUUAUAGAAGCAUUGCUUUUUGUUAGAUUUUAUUGUUGUUAGUUAAUGAAAUGAAUCAAAAAGAUAGCGAAUAAUAUUUAUAAAGAAGGUGUCUCAAAGUAUUUUAUGAAUAAUGCCUUACUAGUCUUACAUAAUAUAAGUGCUGUAUCAUUGUCACAUUUGCCAUUUCAUUCAUAUACAUACAAAUACAAAGAGAUGAAAAUGUGAUUGAAAUAUUAAUUCAGUUAUUAACAAGGUGAAGCAGCUAUCAAGCUAGAUUAAGGAAUUUAGUUGUUCUUCUCCGGUAGCCAAAUAUUGCAAAAUUGAAAUGUUGCAGACUCGGUUUGUUUGAGUCUGUAAAUGGUUGAUGAAGUGAUGGUAAAUGUAAAAGAUUACACAACUAAAGAUAAAACUAAUUUCUACUUAUUUUGUUUUAAUUUACUGGUUUGAAAAUAUUGUGUUAAAUGUUAAACAAUACUCAUAUCCUGUUAAAAUAAAUUUCUUUUUGUAUCUUUCUUAUUUGUCUAUAUGCUUUUCAAUUAAGACUUGAAAAAAAUCAUUAGGAAAAAAAGAAUGUUAAAAACUUAAGGCUUUGAAGAAUUAGAUUACAUUUUUUUAUCUAAUCAGGUUUUGGAAAUUUUAAGUUUGCAUUUUUAAAAAGAGAUUUCUUUCAUUUAUGCAUGUAUUAUUUUAUAUGAAUAUUAUUUAUACAUUUGAAUUCAUGUUUUUAUUAAAAUAAUUUUUCCUACCCACUCCGUUUUUAUCACAAAAUAGUGUAUGAAGUGACUAUAAAAAUGUGUGUCAAAUAUGUAUCAUUGUUUGUUAUCUGGUUUUGGUGUGUUGAACAAACCUUUGUUUUGGUUAUUUGUUAGGUUUUAUGUCUUCUUUUAUAAAGAAUUUGAGGAGUUUCGUGUAUUUAUGGAAGAAUGUAUGUUAUACUUGAUAAAUAAGGCAUGUAAGUGGGACUCCACUGAGGUUUUUGUUUAAGUUGACUAAAGAUGGAUGUUCUAAUUUCUGUAGCUCUAGACCGAUAACUUGUGUGCAAAAUUUCAGAUCGUUGGCUCGCUCCGUUUUCCAGAAUAAAAAUCUCCAACGCUUUACAUUCAGAUUUGACAGAAAAAAUAGUACGAAUAUACGAAUUUAAAUUUAUUUCUAAGUAUAUUUCUUAAUUAUCUUUUGCGUUUCUUAUUGUUUUAAGUGCCCCAGCUGAUCUAUGUAAGGAAUUCAAAUUUCAUGUUUUUAGGCUUUUGGACCUCAGUGGAAUUCCUUUAACGAAGCUGGUAUCCC